AUCCUUAAUCUGAUCAGCCAUCCUGAGGCGAAAUACCAAAGGACUAUAGAGAGUAAAUAAGUAGCUGACCUGUUUCCACAUCCGUUUCCGGGCAGCUACCUUGCUCGCAAGAUUUUGAUAAGUGAUCUCCUCCACUAUGUCAUCAGCCUCAUCAACGAUUGCUCGAAGUCCCUUGAGCCAAGGCUUCAGAUCUGGGUGGCUUGUCACAUUCUGUUUCUCCGCAUCUUGCAACAGAGCCCUGACCAUGCUCAGUGCGAAAGUAAACUUCCUCAGCUUCAGCUUGUUUCGGCAGCUUCACAAUCCAACACUGUUGAAGUUUUCAGCUGCUUUUACACCUGAAAAUCCCGAGGUUGUUUCCUCGGGAAAACACUCCGACGCUCAAGUCAGCAAUACUCAAUAUUCUAGAGAGAGAUGCUCUCAAGGACCUAUUGGCCCACGUGGUGCUGGUCACGUGGGUAUGCUUGUACAGAUGCUCCUUCAGCUUGGGCUAAUGGGUGGUACUCUAAACCCGUUAUGCAUAGUCCUGUUUGGGCGUUGGGCCUAUCCCAACACACAGCUUAAAAGCCACCUCCAAGUCCCGCAAAUUGGAAGCAUAGGAAAUCAACUUGGAUAUUGCGGCAUCCACAAUAGGAGCAAGGAUAAGAUCAGCCAUCUUCGUUUGAGUAGUUUGCAACCACGAAAUGCUUAGAACAAAAGAAGGGAGAUAGUGAUGCUUUAUCUUUGUAAAUAACAGUACUGGCUGUGGCUAGAAACCAUUUUAUCCAUUGUUCGUACAAGCAUGAAGUUGAUGUUUAUUUAUUUUUCUUUUAUUUUCGUUUCUGCUAGUAUCCGUUCAGAAUUAAUUAAAAUUAAUUUAUGUGA